UCAAUUAUUUUGCAAAUUAGACAGUGUCUGUGUUUGGGAAAUGGUAUAAGUGUUGUCUCCCCGGCAUUUCCUCUUGGAGUCGGCCUCCUUGGUUGGCGUGAGCGCGGCAACAAAGUGGUUUUGGCUCGGAUCGGAGGAGGCGAGGAGCGUCGGUCGUCGGCCCCCACUCCUCGCCUGCUUGUUUUCCUCCGCGCGCGCCUCUCAUUCGAGGUCGAGCCGUGGUGGAAGCCGUUUCGCGUCGAAUUCUCGAGCCGCGCCUGUCUCAAGCCAGCAUUUCCUUCCUUUGGCGUUCUCUCCUCGCACCAGCCAUGGACCUCCGUCGGCCUAAAUCCCGCUUUUCCUGGUGCAAGUAGCGCGUUUUUCGCGAGUGUGCCGCCCUCUGGUGGCGUGGAGCGCCGUUGCCAACAUUAGGGUGUCUUAACCAGAUUCGAAUGUUGUUUACUCAACGAUAAACGUUCUGUGAUUGUGUGUGCGAGACUGCUAUUUUGGUUUCUUUGCUGCCACGUCGCUCCGUGGGCUAUUUCGGUCCUGUCGCUAUUUUUAAGUGCCAUUUUACACUCGAUUCUUUGUGAUCAAGUGCAUCGCAGUGUCAGUGCUUGCUUCACGGAUAACUUGGAUUACAGUGUCCUUUUUGGAUUACGUCUGGCUUUCUUAUUGAUCGGACGUUUUGACGCGCUUUUUUGGAUUGAAUGGAAGUGGCAGUACUUAAUUACAUCGUCCCAGUUUUUUAAAGGAUGCCGUCAAGCUUUGACAAAAUGCCGGCCCUGCGCUGGCUGCUUGUAACAGCAGGCUAACCCGGGACUCUUUUUUUCCUCUCAUAAGUUGGAAUCGCAGCAGGUGCAACCUGCAGGUCAUGGAUGUUACCUUCACAAACGUGUUGGAGGGGGCGCGUCAAUAUUUCCAGGGCCUGCCAACGGCCACGAGCUCCACGGCGGGCCCCACGUAUCCGAACCAGUCCGACAACCUCAUGCGUAAUGACACCGAACAGCAGCAGAACGAGAUGCCCCCAUCGACGGCGGCCUACUGGCCCCAGGAGCCCACUCGGGACCGGCCCCCUUCCAGGCCCUCCUACCACCAGGGGUCCUACCAGGAACAGCAGUACCACCAGUUCAACCGGCCGCAGUCGCGCGAAGCUCCAUCCAACCAGUACCACCAGUACCAGCGAACACCGGUGGUGACCACGCAAAACUACCACCAGUUGCAGAAUGUUGGGCAAGGGUACUACCAGCAACAGCCGCAACAACAAAGGACGUACUACCAAAUGCAAGCAAAGAGUCAGCAAAGUACGCAGCAAAACCCCUAUUAUAAGCACUUGUACGCGCAAAGUACCAAUCAGAUGCAGUAUGGUGGCGCUAAAGUCGAGAACAAGCAAGAACAAGUGGCCAAUCAGACGACGUCACAAGCGUACAGGACAACGCAUAACCUUCCACCAAUCGCGUCUUUAUCUUUGAUAAGUUACCAUUCCAGUAGGAGUAACAGAGAUGUGAUAAGAACGUCCAGUACCAAAACACGUACCUUGCCGACGAAUUCAAUGAAUCAAAUGCCCAAAAGUAGUACUUCCAACGUUCAGAGGUACCCGGAGGAGUACCGAACUCAAUACUCUAAUAAUCAAAACAGACUUCCCCAAAACUAUCAGUACGGUACCACCACCACCACCACCACCCAAAACUACACACAAGUGAUCAUGACAACUUCCAAUUACACGGCCCCGGUACCACCGACCCAGUCUUCCCAACAGUACUACCAACAACAAACUAACAAAAUUCCCAAUCAAAACAUCAACGGACGAGUGGUACCAGUCAUCAAACAAAAACGCGAAUCUCCACUUGACUUGUCCGUGAAAACGGUCCGAACCCCAGCCGACUCCACCCUUGACGAUGCCGACCAAGACCGAAAAUACUACAACCGGACAACCAGCCACAGUUACCCAACUUACGACGUUUACGCCAACUCAUUCCAAAGAAAUAUGACUUCACGAGCGCCCCAAAUGCCUGCCAGCGCCCCCAAAGUCGAAUUCCAUCCCAACUUUAACACCCAAAUGAACAACUAUCGACGAACUCCAACUACUAGUGCUAGUACUAACCGGUACCCCGUCGUGAACAACCCAUACGUCCAGGCCAAACUACCACGGGUUGACUUCCCACCGGCUGGGCAUGGCCACAAAACCGCAGCCCUGUACCCAGUAGCCACCCAUGACACCCAGAAGAAACGACCAGCGGACACAGCACCGUCCAUCAUACCCAACAAAAUGUCAAAAUUGGACACCUGGCGGCAAAGUAUCGACCAACAAAUCGAGCAAAGACUAUCGUCCUAUAAACAACAACAACAAGCCAAGAAGAUGGUCAAUGGGCAGGAACGGCCCAAGGAAGUGUACGGGUACCAGAACCAAAACCGGCAGUACCAGUACCCGAACCAGUACCAUAACCAGACUUACGUACCAUCGGCAAGCGCCCAUCAGUACCCGGGGUACCAGUACCCCACCCAACAACAAGUCUAUAACUUACCACAAAACAACCCAUCGGUGUCACAAGUUGUUAACAAAAAUCCUAAUCUAGGAGGCGCCGAUAAAAGGGUGCUGUCGCUACUCCGUAACAGUCUCGAGAUCAAAGGUGCCAAGAAACUCGAACAGGAACAAAUGAACCGGUCAUAUGACCAACUCCACAAGUCCCGAUUGGACGUCCAGCACCCCUCCACUGACGUCACGGCCCCCCUCCAACCCAAGCCCGGCUUCAUCAACCGCCACAACGUCUCCCCCUUCACCCCCACCAACCUCCCCGACAACAACAACACCAUGUACAAACUCCACAUCCCCAAAGCCAUCGACUCGGUGAAUUUCGAGCCGGAAACAGACAGUCAAGUCCUCAUCACCAACCAUGUCAACCCCAACGGUGACCUUGACGGCCUUGCAGCGCUCGUAGCGGCCCGCAUACGCACCAAAGCCGAACUCAAACAAGUCUCCAACAACCACCACCAACGCGACACAACCGGGACUCCCCCCAAACUCAACAAGGAGAAACAAGCAAUGGCGCCACGCCGCCGCCUAUUCAGUCGCAACGAGGACGAUGGCGGAACCAACGUCCCCCCGAGAGACAAGACUGGGCUGAGAAGUUCAUCGGAAACUUCAGUUUUUGAUUUCCCCGACACCGACUCCGAGGGGGAAAUGCCGGUGUUAGAACGCCAAACACUGGAGGACAUGAGACGCGACCGCCGAUCCUCAACGAAAACAACCGAACAGCCACGCCCUCUAACCCCCGACGAUGUUUUCACACAAGCUUGUGACAGCUUUCUCCAACAAUUGAAAAACGGAAGUGGGAAAAAACGUGGCCGGAGGAAAAAAAUCGAAGCUGAUGUUUUGGCUAAACUCGAGACUGUCGUCACGAAACCGACCAUCAAAAAAGAGGACGACGACGAUUCAGACGCACCUUUGAUCAAUUGCAAAAAACCCGACAAACAAUUGAGCGUGUCCUUGAACGACUUGACCCAGCUGAAAGCCAAGAAGGACGUCCCGAUUGUCCCACGACCGGCCAAGAAGCCACCCUUUGGGGACGGCUCCCACUUUUACCCCGGCUGGGAGGAGGAGGUCUACCGCUACAAGAAGUCGCUCCGGAUGCCCCCCAGUUUAAUCCACGUGACACGCCCCCCACAAUACCACCGCUUGUCCACCUCCCUGCCCGACUUGGACCCCAACUCCCCAAUCACCAAAAUCAAGAGCGAGAAUCUGGACAGCGACACGGAAUCCAACCACAGUUUCAAUCUCUUCAGCAGACACAACUACGACUCUGAAGGCAGUUCGUCCAUUAAGAGUUGUCCAAACACGGCCAAAGAAAGCAGCUCGAUUUUGGACAAGUUGUUGGAGCGUUGCGGCGGUCGCAAGAAGCGCAAACACAAACUGAAAGUUGCGCCAAAGGUGGAGCUUUUGGCGACGCCGGCUCGUGACCGCAAAACCACGCUUGAGAAUUUCAAAAACGUGUUUUUGGCGAGUUGCAAGAAGAGGAUCAAGCAGCGAGUGACGAUUAAGGAGGUGUUCGGGGAGGAUCGGCCGGCGUCGGCGCCGCCUGUCACCUGUGUUGACAAUAUUAAGAUCAAGGAGGAGCCCGAUGACAAGAAGGAGGAUUGCGAGUUUGGGGAUACGAGGCAAGUGCUCAAGAACAAGUUGCUGAGUCGGGGCCGCAAGGAGAGUCUGUUGAAGAGUCUGGUGGAUAAGAAGAUCAAGUCGGAGUUGUUGGAUGAGGAGGAGGAAGAGGAGGAGCUGGAUAGCAAGUCGGAGACGCCGUCGAUUGAUGGGGAUGAAGGGGGUUUGGGGGGGAAGAAACGUAACAAGUUUAGGAACAUUAGACGUAAAUUUAGUUCAGGGUUUGAUUAUAUACGUAAGAAGAAGAAGAGUGUGAAGAGGGAUCAGGAGAAUGAGAUUAAGCCCAAACGAAGAGGACAGUUUGCGGCGAAGGGGAGUCCAGGGUCGGUGCAAGAUAUACAGAAGGAGAUUAAGGGAUGGGUUUUGAACAAGGGGAUUGGGGAGACGAUACUGCACAGGGCGGCACGGCUGGGAUACACGGACAUUACCGCCUAUUGUCUCGAAAAAAUGGAAUAUUCGCCGUCGCCGAAAGACAACGCUGGCUACACGCCCUUGCACGAAGCGAGCACAAAGGGCCACUUGGACAUCGCCAAAAUGUUGCUUCUCUACGGCGCGAACGUGAGCGAAUCGGCCCGAGGUGGCAUCAGACCUUUGCACGAAGCCGUCGAAAACGGAUACGUGGAAAUCGUGCGCUUAUUACUAUCCUACGGAGCCGACCCCAAACUGGCCACUUACUCCGGCAUGACCCCCUUGGCCCUCGCCUCCGACGACACGACCACCAAACUCCUCCAAAGCCACAUCAACGACGUGGAGGGGGAGCCGGGCGCCCCUUGGGACUUUGCAGGACCGGCUUCUUGUUUCGACCCGAAAGAGAGCGGUUUCGACGUGCUGGAGGACGUGCCCGCCCCGGACAUCGUCUCCGAGGAGGAUGACCUGGAGUUCGAGGUUUCGGACGGGGUUUUGCCCAACUUGUACACGCUUCGGGGCGAGUCGGCCACCGACCGGUGGAUCCUCCUCCAGGACUUGUCCAGCUUAUUGAAGAUCAAAUCGCGGGACGCGUUGUUGAGACAGAUUUGUCCGUCGGGUUCGAGUGCCACGACGCACGUGAAUUACAAGAGUGUUUUGCGGGAACUGAAAAUGUCGGACUUUCUGGAGCAGGCCCACUGCUGCCAGUUCCUCAAUAUCGGGGAAAAGAUAAACACGCGCGCUUCGAAGAUCGCCUUGGUCAAGUAUACGGACAAAGUGAGGGAACUGUUGAACGUCGAAAGGGUUAUGAUUUCGGUCAGGUGACCUACGAAGCGGGACACCUAGACGUCUUUUCCGUGAUAUAUUCGAUUGUUUGUGAUUGAAAUUACCUGUUUGAUUUUUUUCGGUGUAAUAUUUUGGUGCUUUCUAGCCACUAAACGGUUUUUUAUUUGACCAUGUUUCAUGUUUUUAGUUUAGAUAUUUAUUAUAGAGAAUUUUAAAUAAAGGUUAGGUUACCAAUGCUUUUUUAGAUCAUUUUACAACUUAGGCUUAUUCGGUUUUCAAUAAACUAAUUGUAAUGAGAGUGUGCAAUUCUUUUGUAUCGUCGAGUAACUAGCUUUGAAUGUGUGAUCCUGUUGAAGAAAUAAAUUUGUAUACUAGAAAUUAUUUUAUACAGAAAUGAUACUCACAGUGAAUAGUAUUGUAAGAUAAUCGUUAUCGUUGAGCUCAGGGAGAUGUACUCUCUUUCAGAGUACCAUAAACAAAUCUACUGUCUAACUAUAAAUAUUUGUAUAAAUGUAUACUCAGCUAGGAUACAGCGUGUACAUAUUUUCUUGGACAUCUUUAUGUAUUUUUGUUAUAUAAGGUGAUAGCUUUUCAUUUUCUAUGUAAUAGACGAUGUUAUGUCAUGUGACUUAUAUGUGUGCUUGCUUACCUAAAGCAACUCCACUCGUUUUUUUUUCGGCUUUUAAUAGUUGGGUAGUUGUACUGUACAGUAAAGAGUUAUCUGUGAUGCGCAUCGGUGGCAAAGUGCAAUGCUUUUUUUGCAUAUGUAUUAAAAACAUAUUGUGAUUUUGCCAAUUUGUCCUAUCCGUGUGAGUUAGAAAAGUAUUUUUAAUUUAUAAAUCUUUUUUCACAUUUUUUAUGUUUUCUGUUCGAAAAACAUGUGAAAUAUUAAUAAACCAUAUAUCGAA